UUGAAGAGUUUUGUGUAGCUCCAGAGAAGGGCACAGGAGAGGAAAAUAACGGAGAGGAAAAUAACGGAGAGAAUAGGGAAUAACGGAGAGAAUAGGGAACUGGACCGAGGACUUAUCCUUUUUAAUUUGGUCGAUGGUUUUACAGGAAAUGUUCUGAGCAUUUUGGUCAUCCGGUAUAGAUUUAUUUGCUGGGGCACAUUUACCUGUGUUCCAUUUAUUAUUUAUACAAACUCAAAUUUAGCAUAAUAGAUUGUUAACUAUACCACAAAUUAGAAUGUUAUUUUAGAGUGAAGUUCAAAAUACUUCAUAGAACUAACUAUUCUAGAUAUGCAAUACAAAACUUCUUAUUCGGUCAAUGUGCCAAUAUUAUUAUAGGGUAGCUAUUUCUCGAAAGAAAUAAGCCUAAUGUGGAUUAAUGACCCUAUUUCUGCUUGAUACGGCAAGAAACACAUCAUGCAACAUAAUGGUAAUGGAGAGGAGAGGCAGUCAGCCAACCAAUCCGAGCCUCAGCUCCAGGAGACGCCGAGUGGAAGCAUUCCACACAUCCCAGGCAGGGACACACUUACAAAACUGGAGUUCAAACGCAACGCAGUCACAGAGGACUACAAAAUAACAACUCAAGUACUAGGACUGGGUAUCAGUGGGAAAGUGAUGGAAUGUUACUGCAAGAAGACAGGGGAGAAAUGUGCGCUCAAGAUUCUGUAUGAUAGUCCUAAGGCGCGACGGGAGGUGGAGCUGCAUUGGAGAGUGUCGAGGGGUCCAUACAUCGUUCACAUCCUCAGCCUGUAUGAGAACAUGCACCAGGGGAAGAAAUGCCUGCUUAUCAUCAUGGAGUGUAUGGAGGGAGGGGAGCUGUUCAGUCACAUUCAGGCGAGAGGGGACCAGGCGUUCACAGAGAGAGAGGCUUCAGAGAUCAUGAGGGACAUAGGCACGGCCAUAGAGUACCUCCACCACAUGGACAUAGCUCACAGAGAUGUCAAGCCUGAAAAUCUGCUCUACACCACCAAGGAGAGCAAUGGCGUGCUGAAACUAACUGACUUUGGCUUUGCCAAGGAGACCACCCUCCACAACUCCCUCCAGACACCCUGUUACACCCCCUACUAUGUUGCCCCCGAGGUGCUCGGUCCAGAGAAGUAUGACAAGUCGUGUGACAUGUGGUCUUUGGGCGUGAUCAUGUACAUCCUGCUGUGUGGGUUCCCUCCAUUCUACUCUAACACUGGCCAGGCCAUCUCUCCAGGGAUGAAGCAGAGGAUAAGGAUGGGCCAGUACAAGUUCCCCAACCCUGAGUGGGCCGAAGUGUCAGAGGAAGCCAAACAGCUGAUCAACCAGCUGCUGAAGACAGACCCUAACGAGAGGAUGACCAUCGGGCAGUUCAUGAACCACCCUUGGAUCAAUCAGUCGAUGGUGGUCCCUCCUACUCCUCUGCACACGUCCCGUGUUCUGACAGAGGACAGAGAACUGUGGGACGAUGUCAAGGAAGAGAUGACCAGUGCCCUGGCCACCAUGCGUGUGGACUACGACCAGGUGAAGAUCAAAGACCUGGACACGUCCAACAACCCGCUGCUCAACAAGAGACGCAAGAGACCUGCUGCUGGGGUGGCCGAGGGAGAGGGGGAUGGUGGCCUCAGCAGUAGCCCAGGUGAACGUGUCCGGUGUGAGGGCUGUGGGGUGGUGUGUCUGGUCAACGACCGCUCACAAUGCUCCUACGUCCUGCGUCUAUACUGUGUCAAGGACUGCCAGGCGGACCUGAACUUUGCAGAGAGGUUCUGUGCAGCCUUGGCGAGACAGAUCCAACGAGCCCCAGACAGUAGUCCCAGGUGGGAGUGGACCCAGAGCAAGGUCUCAGUUGAGCUGGACCCUGCUCUGAGGAAGCUGCUCAGGAAGGCGGGGCUAAACGAGGAGGAUAUGACAGACAGACAAACCCUCGUCCUGUAG